UUCUCAGUUGCAAGCCGCAGACCUGGGCUGUUAAAACCAGGCCGGAAGCCGCAGCCCCAAAGACGCUGGGCCUCAGGGCCGGUGCAGGCCUAAGCCGAUCCCCCUGCUGGAGCGGGGCGCCCUCACCUGGGCACUCUCCCGGUUCGCUCACCGGAGGCCAGACCCGCCCGGCGAGCCGCGGGGCCCUCUGGGAAGUGCUACCCAGCUUCUAACGGACCCAGAGUUCUUCCUCUGCUGAACAUCCUUUUAGAAACUGAAAAUUGAUAGAAUGUUGGACACCUAUCAGUCACAGGUUUUGGUGCUUGGGAUAGAGCAGUGAAGAGAAGAACCAGUCCCUCAGCUGCCAUGAUACUCACAUCACUGUGGACCAGAUAAUAAACAAACUCAGCCUGCUCAGGCCGCCCGCCACAAAAGAAGAGGAAAUGACGGAGUCCAAGGGAACAGUGACAUUCAAAGAUGUGGCUAUAGAUUUCACUGCAGAAGAAUGGGAGCGAUUGGACCCUACUCAGAGGAGCCUGUACAGGAGCGUGAUGCUAGAGAACUACAGCAACCUUGUCACAGUAGGCUCUCCACUCACCAAACCUGAGGUGAUUUUCAAGUUGGAACAAGAGGAAGAACCAUGUGUGGUGGAGAAAGAAGUAUUAAAGAGAUACUGUCCAGGAGAAAUUUGGGAAGUUGAUGAGCACGAGAAAACCCAGAACAAACUCUUGAGACAAGUUUUCAAGGAAACAGUGACUGAUGGAGCCAGUGAAUGUCCUAAGAAAUUUGCAAAUGCAUUUCCUCCAAAUGCAGAUUCCAUUCCCUCCAGACACAAUCUCUGUGAACAUGACUGCUCUGGAAAGAGUUUAGAACACAAUCUUGAUGACCAUAAUAAUGCAAAAUGCCCAAUAACAGAGGAACAUUUUGAAUAUGAUGAUGCUAUGAAAUCAUUUAAUAAUAGCUCACCCUAUUUUGUAGUGACCCCCUUUAAAUGUAACCAUUGUGGAAAAGGCUUUAGUCAAACCUUGGACCUUAUUAGACACUUGAGAAUUCAUACUGGUGGGAAACUCUAUGAAUGCCACCAGUGUGGAAAAGGAUUUAGCCUCAAGGAAAAACUUAUUAAUCAUCAUAAACUUCAUAGUAGGGAACAGUGUUAUGAGUGUAAUGAAUGUGGGAAAACUUUCAUUAAAAUGUCAAAUCUCAUUAGACAUCAAAGAAUUCAUACUGGAGAGAAACCGUAUGCAUGCAAGGAAUGUGGAAAAUCCUUCAGCCAGAAAUCUAAUCUCAUUGAUCAUGAAAAAAUUCAUACCGGUGAGAAACCCUAUGAAUGCAAUGAAUGUGAAAAAUCCUUCAGCCAGAAACAAAGCCUCCUUGCACAUCAAAAAGUUCACACUGGGGAGAAACCGUAUGCAUGCAAUGAAUGUGGUAAAGCCUUCCCUCGAAUUGCUUCCCUUGCUCUUCAUAUGAGAAGUCAUACAGGAGAAAAACCUUAUAAAUGUGAUAAAUGUGGAAAAUCCUUUUCUCAGUUUUCCAUGCUUAUUAUACAUGUGAGAAUCCACACAGGUGAGAAGCCCUACGAAUGCAAUGAGUGUGGAAAAGCCUUCUCCCAAAGCUCAGCACUCACUGUGCAUGUUAGAAGUCACACGGGUGAAAAACCCUAUGAAUGUAAGGAAUGUAGAAAAUCCUUCAGCCAUAAGAAAAACUUUAUUACACACCAGAAAAUUCACACUAGAGAGAAACCUUAUGGAUGUAAUGAAUGUGGAAAAGCUUUUAUUCAGAUGUCAAAUCUUGUUAGGCACCAGAGAAUUCAUACCGGAGAAAAACCUUAUAUAUGUAAGGAAUGUGGCAAAGCUUUUAGCCAGAAAUCAAAUCUCAUUGCUCAUGAAAAAAUUCAUUCUGGAGAGAAACCCUAUGAAUGUAAUGAGUGUGGGAAAGCUUUCAGCCAGAAACAAAACUUUAUUACACAUCAGAAAGUUCAUACUGGAGAGAAACCUUAUGAUUGUAAUAAAUGUGGCAAAGCCUUUUCUCAGAUUGCAUCCCUUACUCUUCAUUUGAGAAGUCACACAGGAGAAAAGCCUUAUGAAUGUGAUAAGUGUGGGAAAGCCUUCUCUCAAUGCUCAUUACUUAAUUUACAUAUGAGGAGUCACACAGGUGAGAAGCCUUAUGUAUGUAAUGAGUGUGGGAAGGCCUUCUCUCAAAGAACUUCCCUUAUUGUGCAUAUGAGAGGUCAUACUGGUGAGAAACCCUAUGAAUGUAACAAGUGUGGAAAAGCCUUUUCCCAGAGCUCAUCCCUUACCAUCCACAUACGAGGUCACACGGGCGAGAAGCCCUUUGACUGCAGCAAAUGUGGAAAAGCCUUCUCUCAGAUCUCAUCUCUGACUCUUCAUAUGAGGAAACACACGGGAGAAAAGCCCUAUAACUGUAUUGAGUGUGGCAAAGCUUUCAGCCAAAAGUCACACCUUGUGAGACACCAGAGAAUCCACACUCACUAGAAACUCCCUGAACACUGUGAGUGUAGGAACUGCCUUCCAAUGAAAUGAACACCUUCUAGAACACUACAUGAUCCAUUCUAGAGCAGAGAGCUAUGAGUAUAGGAAAGCCUUGUGAAGAACCCACAUGUUUAUUAGAGAAUUCUCAGUGAGACCACCAAUUGUGUGAGGAAAGUGACUGAGGGACUGUGAAUAAACUAAUUGACAUCUAAUCGGUGUUCUCGUUCAAAUCUGAAAGUGUCUGCUGAGCAUCAACAUACUUGAGCUCCUUGUAUGAAGCAAGAUAAGAAGAUAAGCAAGAUGAGAAGCAACCUUUGGUAGGCACUGUGAGACUAUGAAAGAGUAGGUUGUGUACAAGAAUGUGUCAAUAAGAAAAUCAGUAAUUGGGUGGCAUGUCUACAAAGUUGCAAAACUUGCUGAUGGUUACAAAAGAGCGCCUGAAAACUCAAGUUAGAAAAUUAUAAAAAUACAAACACUCUUCCAAUUUUCUACCUCUGUUAUAAGUCUACCCAAAAUUUACACAUUGGUUGUAAAGAAAUUCAUGAACUGGUUUCAGAGUAAUACAGCAAGGCAAAGGACAAAAAAUAAGAACCAAACAUUUUUUUGACAAAACAACUAGGGAAGAUGCUCAAUACUAGAUAUAAUUACAUUAUUUAAAGUUUUUCUCAUUUAAAUUAACAAAUAGAGGAUUAGCAGAGAAAUUCAAGACUUGGCCAUUUCGUGUGUGGGUAGUGCUACUGAAGUCAUUGCAAUGAGUCUAGCCUAUUCAAUAUGUGUAAAAUUCAUAUGACCUAAACAUGUUACUCCUCAACCAUACAUAUAUGACUCAGCUCAUAGGGUGCUUGCUGCCAAGCCUAAUCCCUGACUUUGAUCCCCAGAAUCCACAUGGUGGAAGGAGAGAACUGACUCCCAUAGUUGUCCUCUGACCUCUAAUGGCAUGCCAUGUCAUGCAUGUCCACACACACACAUACACACACACAUAAUCCAAAUAGAUAAAAUCCUAAAACUAUGAUGGAAAUAAAGCAGAAUAUGUCACUUUAGAGUAAGAGUAUCAAAAAUAACCCCACAAACAUGGAAUAGUCUAUUUUAGUGUGUAACCCAUGUAUGUAUACAAAGAGAAAUAUAUCAGUAUGUUCCCAGAAUCAUGGUUUGUUUUGCUCUAAAGUGUAACAUUUUCAUCAACAAAUAGAUCAGUAUGUUUAUUUCUAUGAUAGGAUACUAUACUGUAAAAUAUACAAAAUUCACAUGUAGUUACAUGAAUAGGCCACAAUAUUUUGAGAGGAAAAAGUGAAAUACACAAUGAAUAAUGGUAUAAUAUUUGUAACUUAAUAAACCAGUUCAAAGAACAGUAAUACCAUUUAUGGUAUUAGUUGCCUUUGAGGAUGUAGAUGGGUUUUGUGGGAGUUGUUACAUUAAUCUGUAAUACUUGUUUAAUAAAAGGAUGAAAGCAAAUAUUACAGAGCUGACAAGUCUGGUUGUCAAAAUUAGUUCUAAGACUUUAAAGCUUUAGUUGCUUGCUUUUUCUAAAGUAAGUCAGUAGGUGCAGGAUGCGUGACCUUAUAGAAUUGGUUUUAAAAUAGCAUUUGUGUGUUAUUUUUAUUUAAUCUUCAUAUAAACAAGCCUGAUUGAAGAUGCUUUGUUUACUGUAAUGGUUAGAAGUUUUCUUAAAGACUCAUGUGUUGAGAGCUUGGACUCCAAAACGUGUAUUUAUGAGUGAUUUGAUCUUGGUGUUCAGACCUCUUGAAUUGUUUAGCCCAUUAGUGGAUUCCUAGUUGAUAGUGGACAGUGGAAGCUGUAGGAGAUGAUACUUAGUAAGAGGAAGUAGGUCACCUGAAGCAUGCCUUCAAAAGGGGCCAUAACUUCCCCCUCAAUUCAGUUGAUUUUCUUAGGCCUUCUUGUCAUCAUAACAAAAAGCUGGCUCAGAGUCUAUAUAAUAAUUAAUUGGGAUAAUGAGAAUCAUCAGUAUACAACAUUUGAGGCCAGCUGUAAAAUUGUAAAGCCUGUUAUCUUUUACAUAGUUCUUUCCCUAGUUGAAAGCAAUAGAAAAACAACAAAAAAGUAUUUCUUGGAAUAUUUUACUCUCAAUUUUAAAAAAGAAAAGUCCAAUUGCAUUUGGGUUAGUUUUGAAGAGGAGAGGAACUAUGCACAAUGCCAGAUAAGGACUGGUACCCAGAUCACAGCAGGAGCAAAGUUCAGUGUAUCUCAACAAAGCUUUUUUGAGUGUCUAUAUUCUUGGUUUUUUGUUUUUAUUUUUAUUCUUGUUGUUGGAGGUUUUGUGGGUAGUGUUAAGAUUUUUCUUUCCCACCUGCCAGUUCCCAAAUAACUGGUAUACAGACUCAAUAUUAAUUGUAAAUGCUCAUCUGAUAUCUCAGGCUUAUUACUAAAUAGCUCUUACAAUUUAAAUUAACCCAUUUCUAUUCUGUGUGUUGCCACAUGGCUCAUGACUUUACCUGUCCUCCAGCAUAUCUUGCUCCCUCUGUGUCUACUUGCAACUCCUGACUCCACCCUUCUUCCAGCAUUCUCAGUCUGGCUCUCCUGCCUAACCUUAUCUUGUUUGGCUAUUGGUCAAUCAGCCGAAGAUGGAUGCUAAAAGAAAUCCCACACUAGCUCAGAACUGAGUAUAAUAAAGAGUUAUUUAUUUAGGUGUAGACACACAAAUCACAGUCCUCUGCAUGAAUGGGCAACAGGAACCAAAUACAGCAGCCAGAAGAGAGAGGGAACGUGUACUUUACAUCAGCAUUUAUAGUAUAAGAGGCCAUGCCCAAGUAGGCGGGUAACUUAAAGGCUACUGGCUGUAGGAUUUCCGACAGUACAUUCCCUUUUUGUUUAAAUAAGAGCGUUCUAAGUCUAAUACAAAAUUAUAUACAAUAAGAACAAACAUCAAGUAAUGGGAGGAAAGUAACAAUGACUAUAUAGUCUUCAAUCCCAUCAAAGACCCAAGAAGGGAAAUAAUAUUACUUGAGUUAGCAGGAAGUACAAUCAAGCAACUUCCAAAAUGUGCAACAAAUGACAGAGACAACUGGCUACCUGGGCAUUCACCCAAAGUCUCAUUUACAAUGUUGGAACAACCAACUUUAGCUAAGGCCUAGAGUAACUGACAGACCACUUUCAGAGGCAGGAAAUUUUUCAAACCAUCUUGGCAAGAUUUAACAGUCUUUUUUCUUGUAUCCUGUUUGCCCUAUCUGGACAUUGUGCAUUUUGUCAGUGCUUGAUGCAUGGGCAGUUCUUUGCCCAAAGGCCACUUUUGCCAAGAAGAAAAUAAGCUCCAAGUGGAGUGUCUUCAGUGCUGAACAUUCUCUUGGGAAUAGAUCAGGGCUGCCAGGAGCAAUCGUGUCUCAUGUCAACAGAGCCCUAGGUUAUUUAAAUGCCAUAUUCUACAGUUCUUUGAAGUGGUUGAAGAUUACCUAUCUAUGCAGAAUACAGUCUCUGUAUAUCUAAAGAACCUGGUUAGUCUAACUAUAAGUAUGACAAAUAUGGAUGACUAUUGACCUGUAAUUUUAAAUACCUUUAUAACUUAAAGACUGAGACUUCAUAUUAGAAUAUUAAACUAUCUUUAAACAACUGUGCAAGAAAUGAGGACAAUGACCUCAAAAUGUAAACAAUGUAUGAGUACCUUGAUCAGAGGUAGAAAUGUAUAUUGCAAUAUGAUAAAUAUAUCCUAAAAUUGUAUCAAUUUACAAAAUGUCUUAAGCAGAGGUAGAAGCAUGCAUGCAUACAAUAUGACAAAAUAACUUUGCCUAGGUAUACAAAUAUUAUAAACAAAAAUAGGAACAUAUUCAAUAUAAUUUAAGUUUGUAUCAAUAUAUAAGAAUCUAUACCAAUGUAAAUUUCCUAUAAAUAAUAGCUCACAAGUAUUCACUAAUCUAUUAUCCCAUCAAUUUACUUUUUUUUCCAAAGAGAUCCCCGAGACUACAUAAUUUCCCCCCAGCCGGGCGAUGGUGGCGCACGCCUUUAAUCCCAGCACUCGGGAGGCAGAGGCAGGUGGAUCUCUGUGAGUUCAAGACCAGCCUGGUCUACAGAGCUAGUUCCAGGACAGGCUCCAAAGCCACAGAGAAACCCUGUCUCGAAAAACAAAAACAAAAACAAAAAAAAAUUUCCCCCCAAUCCUCAACCCUAUACCAAUUAUAAUCAAUCCCUAAAUGAUGUCCCUAACCCUGAGGACAACCUUUGUUGGGAGAGGGCAUGUUGUCUUUUAGAAUUACUUCCAGCAGUCACGGGGAUGAUGUUCUUUCUAUGGGUUCCCAUGAAAGUAAAAUGAUGGUUAAGAUUCAAGAUUACUGCCUGAUAUAAUUGUAAAUAGUCUCUGAGUUUUUGGUAGGGCUUUUUUUUUUUUUUUUUUUUUUUUGGUUCCUGUUUGGAGUUCUGGUCAGAACAUUGUAAAAAAAUUGCACCAUUUCAGCUAACCAAGUUGGAACCAUCUUGAGCAGUGGUACCCCAAACAGGUCUUAUAGUAGUGCUAUCAGCACCAUGAUGUCAUAUCAACUAGGUGGAACCAUUGUUGUGGGGCUCCAUCUUCUUCCUGGAAACUUCAAAGAUUACUGCAGGGAAAUUCAUUGUUCAUUAUAGAAAACUUAAACAUUAUUUAUACAGACAUAUAUUCGAUGUAAGGUAUGAUAGAGACAAAAAUAAAUAAGAAGAAAAUUAAAUUUUUUUCUAAAUUCUUUCUGUCCCAUACCAUGGCUCCUGAUAUGAGACAGAAACUCUGAAUUUUUAUUUUAAAACUGUGUUUGGAUUCAGAGGACAGAGCUGUUGUCCACCUCCAAAGCCAGCUUUGAUUUUUUAAGUGAGUUAUGACUAUUAUUCUAGUUAAUAUUCAAAGAUUCAGGUUGGCAGUAAUGGUGCAUGCCUUUAAUCCCAGCACUUGGGAGGCAGAGCCAGGGGGAUCUUUGUGAGUUCGAGGCCAAUGUGGUCUAUAAGAGCUAAUUCCAGGAAAGGCUCCAAAGACACAGAGAAACCCUGUCUGAAAAAAUUAAAAAAAAUUCAGAGAUUAUUAUCCUCAAAUGAUCUGUCCUCAUAAAUGAUAAUUGUCUUUGUUUGGUGAUCCUAUCAGGAUCUUUUCCUCUUUAGGUGUCUAGAUGUCCAGGGUCUCUUGACUUUCUGAAGAUAAGUAUUUUCCUGCAAAGACAAGAACAGAACCUUGCCCCAAUCCUUAUGAGGUUUCCUUACCACCUGUAUGGUUGUCAACUGUGUGGAUGAGUCACCAUUUCUCUUUCUAAAGAGGUUUCUCUUUUUCAAACCAAAUUUUUAUUAAUUUUGAUUUGAUCCAUAACUUUUUUUCUCCUGUGGAAACAAGCAAAAUCCCUUCCCAAAUGUAGCAUAUCUCCUGGCUUCCAUUGUGAGGUCAACACAUCCUUGAAAUACACCCACUGAUUUAAUUCAGAAGACUUUUCUAUUAUCCAAUGUCUCUCUGUGCUCUUGUUCCUUUCUCGUUAGCAUUAAGAAAAUUCAAGGUUAAUAAAGCAUUAUGUAAUCUAUUUCUGGGAAUAUUUCCCAUCUCUUUCUGUUUGUUUAACAUAUCUUUAUAUAUUUGAUCUUUCUAUAACUGCCUGACCUUUAGGAUUGUUUGCUAUACCUGCAACAUGCUUUAUAUUAUAAUAUGCAAAAAAACACCUUUCAUUUUCUUAGGGACAUAUGUUGGACCAUUGUCUGUCUUUAUUUGUACAGUUAUACCCAUGAUGGACAUAACUUCUAAUAAAUGUGUGAUUACUGAAUCAGUCUUUUCUGAGCUCAAACAGUUGCCCAUUGAAAACCUGAAUAAGUGUCAGUGGUAUGGUGUACAUAUUUUAUUUUCCCAAAAUCUGCAAAGUGGAACACAUCCCAUCUGCCAGAUCUCAUUCCUUAGUACCCUUUAGGUUACUCCCUGCAAGUAGCAGUGUUUGGUUAUAGAAAGAGCAAGUAGGACAUCUCUUUAUAAUUUUCUUAGCUUGUUGCCAUGUAACAGUAAACUCUUUCUUUAAACCUUUGCUUUUGACAGGAUGUUUUUAUGAAAUUCUGAAGCCUUCAACACACUUUCAAUCAAUAAUCAAUUGAUUUCUGCAUUACCUUGUGCUAGAGGACCUGGCAGACCCAUGUAUGGGAUCAAAUGUGUGUUAUGUAUAUGGUACAAAGCCUAUUCGUGAUUAUAUCUUGAACCUAUAUGAAUAAUGAAGUCAAUUCUGUAUCGUCUGGUAUAAAUUCAGUGGUUUCAAUAUGCAUGACAACUCUUUCUGCAUAUUGAGAAUCAGUAACUAUAUUAAGAGGCUCAU